AGGGUUUUUAACCUGCACACGAUGACAAUACCGUCUGGGUUACGCAACGUGAACGUGAGCUCGUUCUGUAGUUAUGAAAAGGAGGAGCUCGAGACGCUGUCACAGUUUGAACCGACCUCAGACCUCCACCUGACAGACAACUCCACACAGCCACGAUGUCUGCUGCCUGCCUCCUCCUCCUGCUGCUUCCUCUCAUCUCAGCUCAGACAUUUAACUGGGGUCCUUGUCCUAAUCCCCAGGUGCAGCCUAACUUCAACCUCCAACAGUACCUGGGACAGUGGUAUGAGAUCGAGAAGCUCCCUGCUUACUUCUCCACAGGGACAUGCAUCAAGGCAAACUAUUCUCUGAGAGCAGACGGUACCAUCCGGGUGCUGAACUCUCAGGUCAUCAAUGGUGAGGUGGAGGACAUAGAAGGCACAGCUGUGAUUCAGGACAUACGAGAGCCAUCUAAACUUGGAGUCAGCUUCUCAUAUUUCACUCCUUACAGCCCGUACUGGGUUCUGAAAAGUGACUACACCAGCAUGUCUGUCGUGUACUCCUGCACGGACAUCCUUCGCCUGUUCCACAUUGAUUACGCUUGGAUUCUUGCACGUUCGCGCUCCCUGCCUCCAGAGACAGUAAAGGAUGCCAAACAGCUGCUGAUUAGUGAAGGAAUCAACAUUUCCAGGAUGAAGCCUUCAGAUCAGAGCUGCAGUGAUGACUAGGGUUCGAUGGAGACUCGUAUUCUUUGUAGAAUCUGUGUGUGACAUCUCCACAGUUCUUUUGCCCUGAUCCAGACCUACGUGAUCAUCAUGUUUAUCACUGUUAGAAACAUUAACAUGUCUAGAAUUACUAUCUACUCUAGGGAAAAUGUGUUUUGUGAAUUCUGCUUUAACUACAUAAUGGUUAUUGAAGUUAUUAAUUUUACACUGUUGAUAUAUUGUUUAUUCUACAUAUUUUCUAUGAUUAUUAAUGAAAAUUCUGGGAGCUCUGUGUAUUAAAGAUACAUUCAAUAAG